GAUUUUGCCCGACUACUUUUGUUGCUUGCUGAAUCUUGUAUUAUUAAGAGAAACGAAUUCAGUUUGUCGUGCACCUUCGAAAUUAGUAUAUCACUCUGCGUAUUACAGUGUUGAGUUAUAGUGUUCUGUUAAGUUUGUGUGAAUUGUUGGAUUUUGUAUUUGUUAUUUUGGUUUUGGUCAUUAUGGACGGAAUACCAGAUUACAAAUUUAAUAUAAAAUUAGCGAAGGCUGUGAAAAAAUACCCGCUUCUGUACAACACUGAUUUGAAAGAAGCCACAAUAAGGGAUUGCAGGGAAAGAGCUUGGAUAGAAGUGGCAGACGAACUGAAUUGUGAUCCGAAAUUUGCGCAGAGAAAAUGGAAAUGUUGCCGGACUAUUUUAGUGAGAAAACUAAGGCAAAUCCAGACGGGCGAAACAACAAAACAAUACUAUUUAUACAAUUAUAUAAAAUAUUUAAUACCAUAUUUGAAGAAAACAUAUGAACCUGGAACAUUAAAGAGAACGCUCACAGAGUCGUUACAACAAAUAAAUGAAGAAGCAGAUACGAAACAUUUAUCAGGAACGGAGCAUGGCACUAAAGAUAUUGAAAUGGUUGACGACUUGACUGAGAGCAGUGAUGAAUUAGACGAAAACAAUGAUGUCAGCUCCGAUAACGAAGCGGGAACAGAUGUCGAAAAUUAUUUCAUGUCUAUACCUCAGCAUAGCGAACCAACUGAGAAUAUUGUGGUUACCGAUGGAGUGACGAAUUGCACACCAUUGCAACAUACUUCCAAAUCCGUUAUUUCGGAACAACGGGACCAAACAGAGUCCCAAGUAGAGAGCGAAUGUCCCAAAAGGCUGUUUCUAUUAAGUUUAUUGCCAGAUCUCAACGAAAUGACCAACUCACAAAUGCGCCGAUUCAAGUGUAAAGUUCUACAAUUGAUAGAUGGAAUAUUAAACGAAAACAAUACCUUUAAAUAUUAAAAAUAA